AUGGCUGCUUGGGCUGGAACGACAGUUCGAGGAUGCAAUACGAAGAUCGCCGCGCUAAACAGAACAUCUUCAUGGACUGCCGCUUUGGAGCUAGCAUUCGCAAUGCCAAAAAAGUCAGUGAAGCCGAACAUCAUUACGUACAACUCCGCCAUUCGUAGCUGUGGCCAAGGCAGGAACUGGCCAAUGUCCCUGUGGCUUUUUGCAUGCUUGCCAAAGCUGGGCUUUUCUCCCAACCAAGUCAGCUUCAACGUCAUGGUUCAAGCCGCUACAACAGCUCAUCGAUGGCAGCUGGCAGUGGCCCUAUUGGAAGCUGUCCCCAAAGGGACCGCACCCUCUCCGGUGAGCGUGGCAGCAGCAAUGUCUGCUUGCGAGCGGGCGUCUGAGUGGUGUGCAGCCCUCGCCAUUUUCUGCAAACACUUUUUGAUCGCGGACCUUGUUGUGUUCAGUGUGGCAAUUACGGCAUGUGAAAGGAGUUCCAGGUGGGCAGCUGCACUUUCUGUGUUGACAUCAGCCUGCCAGGCAACUUUGCAGCCAGACACCGCUUGCUUCAAUGGUGCGAUCAGUUCAUGUGGGAAAAGCAGCGCGUGGCAAUUUGCAAUCGCCUUGCUAUCAAGAAUGACACACCGAGAUGGCAUUACAUACAAUGCCAUUCUGGCAGCUCUAAGCAAAGGCAGUGUUUGGCGGCAAGCCGUUCGAAUUUUCCAUAUGUCUCAGAUGGACAUAGUAUCUUUCAGUGCUGCGAUUUCUUCCUGUGUCCGAGAAGGCGAGUGGCAACAAGCAUUGUUGCUUUUGUGCGAGAUGCAGCGGGCGAGAGUUUCGUUGAACACUUGGACAGCCAAUGAAGUGAUGGCCUCCUUCGCAAAGGCAGUAAAAUGGCAGCUAGCAAUUCAAAUCUUCACCGUGGAGCCAAACUUAUCCAGUCAAAAAAUGUGGUCAAUGCUUCUGGAACGCGCUGGCCAGAACUUCGUCGGAGUUCAAGGAGCUGGCUUUGGCGCUGACGCGGUGGACCCUGGUGCUGAUAUCACAAGUUCAUCGCCAUGUCGUUGCAGCCCGGCAGACUUCGAGAGUUUGGAUGCUAUUUGGCAAUCUGAGCAGGUCCGCACCGCUGUGGAGCAGGAAUGCAAGUCUUUGCACAGAAGCACUGAGAAGCCGAGGCGACAUAUGGAUGGCGGGUUAGGAGAUGGACCAUGUGGAGGGCCAAUAGGCUCUGAAAGCCCAAGCAUGACGAGCAAAGGCAAUGGGAAAUGCAUUGGCAUGGGGAACGGUUGCGGCAUGGGAGGAAUGUGUGGUGGCAUGGGUGGAAUGGGUAUGGGAGGCAUGGGAGGGAUGGGAGGCAUGGGCAACAUGGGCAACAUGAGCAACAGCAUGGGCAACAUGGGGAUGGGGAAGGGUGGGAUGGGAAGCAUGGGAAGCAUGCAGAUGGGCAACAUGGGCAACAUGGGCAACAUGCCCAUGGGGAAUAUGGGCAUGGGUGGAGUGGAUGUUUGCCUGGCAACAUGCCUGGAGGCAACAUGGGUGGAAUGGGCAUGGGAAUGGGCAUGCUUGGACAUUCGGAAUCAGAUGAGAGAAUUAGGUCAGGUCUUGCUCAAACUCACCAACAUCAUGCUUGAUGUUGCUGAGGCAAUGAUGGGCAUGAUGAUGGGGAUGCAGGCUGCGAUGCAGACUGGCAGUGAAGCUGCUGCCGAUGCAACUCCAACCAUCAAGUCCGAAGAUAAGCAUGUAGAUCCUCGAGUCAAAGCAAUAUGCAAUGACUUUGGCAUUAGCGGUGACACGGUCAUGAGGCUGAAUGAUGCCAUGAGGGAACGAGAAGACUACGAUGAGGAUUUGCAAGCCCUCCACAAACUGAUGGAGCGAGCCACGAAGGAUGGCAAGAAGCCUCUUGAAGUGAUGCUUGCCCAGAUUCGUGCCAUACGUGCAAACCGGUUUCCUGGGAAGGAGUUGCUGGAUCCUGACAUUUGGGAGUUCAUUGUGAAGUACAAUUUAGAUGACCGUGUCAUGAAUCGCCUCAUUGAGACGCUGAACAAGCGGAGGGGCAAAAGCAAAGAGACCCUGGAGGCAUUGAAUGACCGCUUAGGGAACGCUCAGCAGCCUACAGGCCUUGGGCUUUUGGUCCGGCUGCUUGAGGGCCUAGACGAGACGGGUAGAUUACCCUCGCCACCCAGACGCUUGGGUGGUUCGGGUACAUUCCGGCCGACUGGAACAUUCUUGCACCCAGCUGCAUCGUCGCGGGAGGCUCGUGAAGCCCGGGAAAGAGAGCAGGAAAGAAGCAGAGGUCGCCAGUCUGAGCGGCGUUCACGGUCUCGGGGCCGUGAGGCGCGACGGUCACGAUCGCGGCGCCGGUAA